GCCUAGUCGCCUUUAACCUCUCUCCCCUCCCCACACUACCGGAAGCAGAGCGGCGGCGCCACCACCGCGAGAGCGAGGGAGGGAGGCAUGGCGACCACCGCGACCAUCCCCUUCUCCUGCUCCUCCACCCUCCAGACCCUGUCCCGCACUUUCUCCCCGCGCCUCUCCCUCGGCCUCCACCGCCGCCGCGGCCGCCGCUUCCACCACCUCCCUUCCCUCGCCGCCUUCCCGAGGCUCCCCUACCUUCGCCGACCCAUCUCGGCGUCCGCGGCAGCGCCCAACGGCGCCUCCUCCGAGGGGGAGUACGACUACGACCUCUUCACCAUCGGCGCCGGGAGCGGCGGGGUCCGGGCCUCGCGCUUCGCCUCCACGCUCUACGGCGCCCGCGCCGCCGUCUGCGAGAUGCCCUUCGCCACCGUCGCGUCCGACGAGCUGGGAGGAGUCGGCGGCACAUGUGUGCUUCGUGGGUGUGUUCCAAAGAAACUAUUAGUGUAUGGAUCCAAGUACUCUCAUGAGUUUGAAGAAUCUCGUGGCUUUGGGUGGAUGUAUGAGACUGAUCCAAAGCACGACUGGAGCACCCUGAUUGCCAACAAAAAUACAGAGCUGCAGCGCCUUGUUGGCAUUUACAAGAAUAUUUUAAACAACUCUGGAGUCACUCUAAUUGAAGGCCGUGGAAAGAUAGUUGAUCCACAUACUGUGAGUGUAGAUGGCAAGCUCUACACCUCUAAGAACAUACUUAUAGCUGUUGGUGGUCGACCAUCAAUGCUGGAUAUCCCAGGAAUAGAGCAUGCUAUAGACUCUGAUGCUGCACUGGAUCUACCUUCAAAACCUGAGAAAAUUGCAAUAGUGGGAGGUGGAUAUAUUGCUCUGGAGUUUGCUGGAAUUUUCAGUGGCUUAAAAAGUGAGGUGCAUGUGUUUAUUCGGCAGAAGAAAGUUUUGAGAGGGUUUGAUGAGGAGGUCAGAGAUUUUAUUUCUGAACAAAUGUCUCUAAGGGGCGUCACAUUUCAUACUGAACAAAGUCCUCAAGCUAUAACUAAAUCAAAUGAUGGUUUGCUAUCUCUGAAGACAAACAAAGAAACUAUUGGCGGGUUCUCACAUGUAAUGUUUGCAACAGGUCGUAAACCAAACACAAAGAACCUUGGAUUAGAGGAGGUUGGGGUGAAAAUGGACAAGAACGGAGCAAUAGUGGUUGAUGAGUAUUCUCGAACCUCAGUUGAUUCAAUUUGGGCUGUGGGAGAUGUUACUGAUAGGGUCAACCUGACACCCGUUGCACUUAUGGAAGGAGGUGCAUUUGCAAAAACUGUAUUUGGCGAUGAACCGACCAAACCAGAUUACAGAGCUGUACCAUCUGCCGUUUUCUCCCAACCACCAAUCGGGCAAGUCGGUCUUACUGAAGAGCAGGCUACUGAGGCGUAUGGAGAUAUUGAUAUCUAUACAGCAAACUUCAGACCUCUUAGGGCCACUCUCUCUGGAUUACCUGAUCGUGUUUUCAUGAAGCUCAUUGUGUGUGCUACAACAAACAAAGUUGUAGGAGUACACAUGUGUGGUGAAGACGCACCUGAAAUAAUUCAGGGAAUUGCAAUUGCUGUUAAAGCUGGGCUGACAAAGAAAGAUUUUGACGCCACCAUUGGCAUUCACCCAACAUCUGCAGAGGAAUAUGUCACUAUGAGAAAUGUAACUAGAAAAAUUCGGAGAAGCACAGCAGAUGAGGUAGAAUCUAAAGAUAAGGUUGUGACUCAGAACUAGUACAGAUAGGAGGCAUUCUCAGAGGGACUACUCUGCUUCCGAGCAGCCCAACUACACUGGGCAAACUUUUUUUUUUUUGUAGCGGUAUUCACGGAAAGGAAACCCAUGACAGGAAGCCAGUAAACUUGUAUCAUAGCGCUGGCAUUCUCUGCUCCCGUUUUUUUUGCAUCUGUUGUGUAGCUUGAACACGGUACUAUUAGCUGCUAUUUUCCUUCUGUUCAUUGAAAUAAGUGCUGCAUAUGUGAGUCUCACGGCCUGGAAAUUUUGGAAGAAACAAAUAACCAGGAAUGUUCUUAUUUAAAACGGGGGCAGCUGCUAUUAUUUUUGGUAGUACAAGUGUACAACUCGGCCUAACCUGAAUUUUACAUCUGUGCGAGCAUUUCCUAAUAUGCAGCAAAAUAUGUGCUCCGUCUAUUUUUUUCAAUAAAUGAUACUGCU